CUGCCAGUCGCCGCCUCCGCGGGAUGGAGAGCGGAGCCGGUUUUGGUGGUGCUCGUACCGCUGGGCCCGCGUCGGGAGGUCGGCCCCGAGCUCCGGGCACAGGUUCCGGCUCCGGGCCUACUCCCGAGCAGGUGCUGGCCGGCUUCAAUCGUCUGCGACAGGAGCAGCGCAACCUGGUCGGGAAGGGAGCGGAGCUGGAGCAGGAAGUGGUGGAGCACGGACUCGUCAUUGAAACCCUGGCAGAGGUGGAUCCCAGCCGCAAGUGUUACCGUAUGGUGGGGGGUGUGCUGGUGGAACGGACGGUGAGGGAGGUUCUCCCAGCCCUGGAGAACAACCGGCAGCAGCUGGUGAAGCUGAUCGAAUCGCUGAACGCCCAGAUCCAGAGCAAGGGCCGAGAGCUGACAGAGUACCGGGAGAAGUACAACAUCCGGCUGAUGAACGAGGAGGAGAAGUCAGCUCGUGACAGUGACUCCAGCAGCAGGACUGGGGGCACCGGAGUCUUGGUUUCCUAGCCCGGUCCCAGCUGGGCUGCUCAAUCCCUGUUUUGUCUCAGCCCCAGCUGCUGCCCGACUGGGAAGGCAUUGUGCUGUCACCCUUGGACACGGUUCGUGUAGUGGGUUAUCCCCGGGAGCCAGUUAUUUUGGUCCUGGGUCCUGAAUUAGAUCUUUGUGUAACGUUUGUGACUGCUAAUGUGAUUAUUAAACUGUAUGGUUGUAAA